AGGGAGCUUGGUCCCAGUGAUGUACUGGGCCGUACUCACCACCCUCUGUAGUGCCUUGCGGUUGAGUGCCUUGCAGGUGCCAUACCAAGCCGUUUGCAGCCAGUCAAGAUGCUCUCAAAAAGUUUGGGGCGGGAGAACGGCAGCAUGAGAAAGAUGGAUAGGAGGCCACCUUAAAUAGACAUAGGUUGGAACACAACAGGCUGAAUAAGUAAUUACAUAUCAUAGAAAAAUAUCCACCAGGAAGGUGUGAUUAUUGCCAGGAAAUAUAAACAGUAGAACAUGUGUUGAUAUAGUGCGGGCAGUAUAAGCGGGAGAGAGAUAUUUGAGCAUCUGCAUUUUAUUUAAAAAUAUAUAUUUUACCGUUAUUUUACCAGGUAAAUUGACUGAGAUGAGAGAGAAUGGGAUACAGGAAUUAAGUGUAAUGAGUCCAUUGAGUAGAAUAUGAACAUAUGCAGUAUUCGUUUUUUUGUGUUGUUUUUAUAAGAUAAACGGGGCAGGCAGGCAUUAUAAUGUUUCUCCCGGUCUCUGGCCCACACUCCACUCCAGCACAGUAGUAGGUGGCAGUAAUGCACUAACAACAUAGGAUGCCAACUGCCCAAAAAUACCACCGAAGAAGUAAACGGACGCGAACAGUGACCAAGAACAAUUACCACUUUCGCGUUUUUAUUGUUGUAUUUAGACGUUUAUUAACACACUGGAACUCAAAGUAUGCCGAUUUUUACUUCACGGCAUCACAUAAUUACCUCAGGUAGUCUGUAAUUCGCGUUGGAAACAGGACUUGGUUCAUAUACCUAUGUUAUCUAGGUAACGCUUGCUAGGUGCUAACAAUGGCUGACUGUAUGGUUUUUCACACUCAAAUAGCCUCCAUUAUGGAGGUGCUAGCGAAUGCAGCCGUGGCAGAGAUCUGUAAACUAGUAGAUGACGACUAUGCAGUGUUUCGUUUAGAAGUUACUCAAAGCCAGAAAGAAAACAGGGGAUUGCGGAGGAAACUCCAGCUACUGGAACUGAAGGUGGCACGGGAGCGCGCAGAGAGGACAAUACGAGAGCGCGUCGUCGCCAGUCGUCCCAGUAGUGUCAAGAUCCUCGACCGAUACAGAGGAAUGGCAAGAGGUGAAGGACAUCUCACUGGAGGCCACAGGAGCUUUGUGAAACCAGCGGGACACAACGCGUGGAUAGAUGACCAACCUAUAGCUAUAGAUGAGGGGAGUGGAACCUCAAACCAACAUGUUAUUGUGAUAGAGUCUGCAGAUGCAGAGGCUGCAGGUCCUGGGGUCAAUCAGGAGGGGACUGAAGGAAAGGACUCAAGACACAGAGACAUCCAGACUGGAGCGCUCCCUGUAGCCACGGAGGACCGCGCCGCCACGCCCCAGCCCAGGACCUCACGCAGCAUCACGGAGGAGGAGGAGGGUCCAGAGGUGCUGCUGGUCAAGGAGGAGGGGUGUGAGGAGGGUCUGGGGAACCCUGAGGGGAACAUGGUCAUGGAGGACAACCAAACUACACCUCCUCUUGAACCCACAGAGGAACCAGCUGAGCAGCACAGGAACACACACUGUAUCACUGAGUCAGUAGACAUGGAGGAUGGGAAGCCUGAUCUGCUGCUAGUCAAAGAGGAGACAAUAGAGGAUGUACCAGAGAGCAUGGAUCUGCUGAGUGGACUAAAGAUGGGGGAGCAAGGUGAUUGGCUGGAGGCUAACAGAGGAGACUGGACGGCCAUCUUGAAUUCCCAGACCGGUGGAGCCAAGGGCUUACGGGACAACAUCACUGAGCAGGCCAGGACCAGAGGCGACAAAGUGGAGUCUGCUGUCCAUGAGAGCCUGCUGUCAUCCGGUGUUGCUGGUGGGAGAGACUGGGCCUCUGAGGUGGCUAGUCACAAAGCCUGGCCCCGGAUCAGAACCCUGGAUCAGCAGCCUUCGCUCUUCCUUCCCGAGUCGGAACCAGGACCCAACUACGAGGGACAGAGAGUCCACCACCACACAGAACACAACCAGUGGACAGGUGGACUGAACAACCUCAGUCCUGGUGGUCAUCAGAGAGACAGAGGCUCUAGUCAGGGAUCCAGUCUGCAGCCCAGACCCUUCUCUUCACAGUCUCAGUGCAGGGAUGUAGCAGGGCCUGGGGCUGAUAGAGAUAGACCCUCCUGUUCCUAUGAUACAAACACCACAGUGUCCAUGAUAAACAGUGCAGGUCUUCCUGGGCUUCAGCCUUCACAGAGAGUGGUGGGAAACCCCCUGGUAGGAGUCUUUCCUCUCCAUCAGGAUCUCGUCUAAUGCCUGGUGAAUGGGUUCAUAGAAGGUCUGGGUCUAACCUUCCUCAUUUAACUCAUAGUUACCCUAGCAAUACAGACAGAGUCAGGAUGGGUGUUCAGCACAAGCGCUUCCUAGCCUCUAACACAGCGCAAAGUCCCAACAACACCCAAACAAUGGCUAGAGGUCAAGGAGGGAGCUCAAAGACUAACCACCUGAGGCUGGCUCCUGCUUCUACCUCCUCUGGUGUCAUUGGGAGGCCGAGCAUUAGGACUGACGCCGACAAGCCGUACACCUGCCCAACGUGUGGGAGGCGCUUUGCUAAAGCGAGCUAUGUGAAGAUGCACCAGACCGUUCACACCAAGGAGAAGCCCUUCAAGUGCAAACUAUGUUACAAGAGCUUCUCCUUCCUGACUAACCUUAUCAGACAUAGGAGUGUCCACAAUGGGGAAAAAUCAUAGCAGUGUGGCCUGAGAUGUACACAGGGGGUGUCAGGGUGACAUUAUAGUUAUGUGAAGUGUCUUUGGGUAAGAGAGUAAUUAACCACAUACUCCUCAUUAACCCUUUGUUAACUUGUCUUUUGAAACAGGUUUGUGUAAACUGUUUUGAGAGAGAGAGUAAACCUGGGCUAGAACAAGGAUAGUUGAAUAUUUACCUUACUGAGGUGAUGUAGAUGGAAUAAAGUAAUUGUAUUAUUUUCUA